AUGAGCGAACGUCGAGCUGUGAUCAAAAAUGCGGACAUGUCAAACGAGAUGCAAGAGGUAGCCGUGCACACAGCUGCAAGUGCUAUGGACAAAUAUCAAGUGGAAAAAGAUAUCGCUGCCUAUAUAAAAAAGGAAUUUGAUCAAAAAUACAAUCCGACCUGGCACUGUGUGGUGGGAAAAAGUUUCGGAAGCUACGUUACCCACGAAACUCAAAAUUUCAUCUACUUUUAUUUACAAGAUUAUGCGUUUUUACUGUUCAAAUCUGGUUGA